AUGUAUCAUCGUAAUGAUAUGAAAGAAUAUAUUAGGGUUGAUAUAGAGUAUUGCUACAUUGAAGCAUGCAUAAAAUCCAGCAAUUUUAGCGUGCUUAAGCUUUUAAAGAAAAUGAACAAAAAAUGUUAUAAGAGAUUAGAUUAUGCGAACAACAAAUAUAUUGAAGAACUGAAUGAAAUUGAAGUUGAUUAUGAUGAAAUAUCUAACAAAUUGAGAUUCGAUGUGUCUUCAUAUAAAUUUCUCUAA